AAAAGAGAUAUUCCAAUCAAAACAAAGCACAUGUCGAGAAAUAUUUGCAUUUUCCGAGUGUUACAAGUUAAACGUUUAAAGAACAACAAAUUAUAAUUGUAAUAUAUUAAUUAUACGAAGGCAUGUUAGUUACACUUUACGUUACGUUAAUUUCGUAGUGAUUACCCAAAAACUCCCGAAAUUCAGCUAACAACCAAUUUUGCAAUCAAAUCCAGACAAUGCCAAUUUCGGAGAGAUAAUUUUGGCAUAGUACCCGUGGAAAUCCCAUUUUCUCUCGACGGAAAAGCGCCCCCUUUUUUCGGGAGAGAAAAUUCAAUCGGCCAAGAAAGAGUAACAGCGGCCUGCUCCCAGUGUUCAACCAACGACAUUCUUGAUGCUCGAUCAUCUCGCUGGCAGUUGAGAUUUGCCCGCGGAUUCGUUCGGACACGAAACUUAGCUAGUGUAGAAUCCACUACCUUGAGUGGACGGACUUUGGCAAUCGGGAAUUAACACCUUAUAAGGCAGUCGGACAUGUCGGACCAGAUUAGUGACCCGAUUCGGAAAUGUGCCAUUAUACUGAAGGGAGCUAAAAAUGAUACGGAAAAAUUUGCCGCCUUGUUCAUGGUGACGAAGCUGAUCAAGAGUGAGGAUUGCACCCAGGCCGGAAAGCGGUUGCUGUUUGACUCGAUCGGAUUCGAUUUCAUUCGUCGACUGCUGGGUAACAAGGAUGCUCCGGACGCUUCCGCUUAUCAAAGUGUUGCUUUGUCGAUUUUGAGCAGUUUUUGUGAUGAUGAACAGCUUGCGACCCACCAGGAUAUGUUGGAUAGUAUUCCAGUGUUUUUGGGGAUCGUGUCCACUUGCGACGAUGAUGAGUACGACGAUAAUCUAAUCGUGAUCAAUGAGGCCUAUCACUGUCUGCAGAGUAUUGCUGCGCACGAGGCUGGAAGACAGGCUUUGAAAGAGCAUGGAGUGAUCAAGAAGAUGGCAGAAGUUUACACCCAGCAAAGUUUCCAGAUUGAUGAGGCACUAACGUUGAUCGUGACACUGGUUAGCCAUUUUGGUGCAGCUUCCUGGGAGGAUGAUCCCACUUUGUUCCAUGCUUUGCUGCAACGAGUUUCGUUGGAUUUCGAGACGGACCAUGCUGAACGAAAAUUUGAGCUAGCGGAAAUGAUAACGGUGCUGUUGUUUACCUGCAGGAAGGAGUUGAUUUCAAGAUCCGUUUCGGGAGAGAUUUGGCCGGAAUGUUUGUACAAAGGUGUGACUGAUAUUCUGAAGAGUAAAAUCGGGAAAGCGCAGCGAGAUCCGACGCUCAAAUUGACAGCUAAUGUUUUGGAGGUUUUGGGUAUUGAGUGGACGCUCAGUGAUCAGGAUUGUCCGAAAAAGUUCUUCCUGUUGCUGCUGCAGUUAGCGGCCAUUGAAGUGCGCAUGCAAAUGGAAAACAAAAGUUUCAAUCAGGUACUAGUCCAAGGUGACCUCAUCACAGCAUGCUUCAUCAUCUUGGAACUAUCGAUCAACUAUAUGUCAACUGAUCAGCUAGAUUUGGAGCAGAAGGAAAAGCAGCAAGUCUAUACUGGUUUGAAGGGUGCUUUUACCGCAGUUUUGUCUGUUUUCACCAAACUUUCAAAUGAAACCAGAAAGGAUAAACUGCAGAAAAAGGAGAAAGCCUUCGCGUGCGCCAUGAUCCGAGUUCUCAGUGCUUGGUUGGCUCAGGAAACAUCUGCUCUGAAGGCACAGGUUUUCAAAUUGAUCCCAUUCAUAUUUCAAUUAGCCAAUGAAUCUUUUUACGAAUCGCGUGAUCAUCGCAUUAAAGCUAGGACUGAACCGACACGAGAGCAAGCUCCGGCAGACGUUCUUCGAGUGACACUUCCAGCAAUGUGCCACCUUGUCGUUGAAGAGGAUGCUCGUAAAAUCUUUCUCAAAGAAAAAGAGGAACAGGUUCUGUACGAUUGUCUGCUCUUUCAUUGGUCAAUCGCUCACUACAAGAAACCCCCGGUUCCUCGUGCCGAACGUCUCAAGCGCAUGAACGAACCAGACCCAGAGAUGACCCAACAGCAGUUGGAUGAGAUGAAAGAUUCCCGGACAGCCAUCGUCUCAUUGUGCAACAUUUUCAUGAAUAUCACAGUACUGGAACCAAAAUUAGUUGAAGAAAGCGCCGUGUUUGCCCAGAUGCUUCGCUUCAUUUUUGACAACCUGCCGGAACUGAAGGACACCCCCGACAAUCUAGUUUUACACGGCCAUCUAUCCGUUCUGGGGCUACUCCUGUUGAAGCAACAGGCGUCCAAGAUAAAAAAGAAUGACUUUUCAAUCUGCCGCUACAUUCAAACUACGAUUCGGUUUCUGUGGGAUGCCUAUAACAUCGAUGAAUCCAACGAUCCCCAGGCACUGGUCGUCUCCAUGGCGUACAAGGAGUACUGGUUCGAAGUCAUGGAACUGUGGUUUCUUGGAAUGCAAACCAUGAGCGGCAUUAUCAAGCUUAUUCCGUGGAUUUCCGAGUUCGCCGUCGAGUCAGGCUGGGCUGCCGGAAUUAUAGAAACACUACGGAAGGUCAAAAUCGGAACGUUGCCACCGAAUGUGAAGCUUGCCUACGAGGACUUCCUCUCACAGCUGGUCGACGCCAAUCCGACCGUGGCUGACGUACUGAAGAAAGCCGAUGCACUCAAGGUGUGCCGGAAUCAUCGAAUGAUGGAACUGGGCAAAAAACUUUUCGGCGAUUGAGACCUAACCGACGGGCAGUGAUUGUGCGGUGAUCGAUACAAUUUUUUUUGUAUGUGUUUUCAUUUUUAUUCUACUUUGAAAGAAUGUGUACGUAAUAAAGCAGGAAAAUGUAGCGAUUUUUGUUUGUCAAAUGCAA